GUAGGACAAUGGGUUCAGCUGGAAUCAGCAGAAGAUCAGAUCCUUUGCCGGGUUUGGCCAGCCCGUUAUGACUGUGGGGAUAAAAUUUUGGUCGAUCGAUAUAUAGCAAGAGGAGUGGAUAGUACAAAAGAUUUGAAAGUGAAUACUGCAGAUCAUCAGAGUAUCACCAAUGUACCGAAAGGAACUCGAUACAGUGAAGUUAAGUGUGCUAUCUGAAUCAUCAGUAAGAAAGGCGCAACAGCUUCAAGUUGAUGUAACACUACUCCGUCGGAAUGGGCGCCUGAGUGGUGAAGCAGCUGUUUAUGAGGAGACCACAGAUAUGUUGAAACGGAACUUUGUUCACAAACUACUAGAGAAUUUGAUCCUCAUGGAAGGCUUCACUAUAGAGGAUCAGCACGCAGGCCUUUCUAUCGCGGUCAAGUCUACAUCGCCAUCAGAAGGCCCUCUUCUUGUAGUGAAGGGCACAAUGGUCACGAUCACCAAAGAGAGUCAGCUCAUUACAGCAUCAGCAAAGACAACAGGGACCACAUGCUCUGCAUCCAAGACCACAGUUUCAAACAAAAAUACUAUGGAUUUAGAUCGCAACUUAAAGGUGCUUCCUGGCCUUGAGAAGCCGAUUCAAGCUCUCCUCGAAGUUGUUUCAUACCCCCUACUGUUUCCCGAUCUCAUUGCGCGUCUCAACAUUGAGUGCCCUAAGGGUAUUCUCUUGCAUGGGCCUCCUGGUGUGGGCAAAACUUUACUAGUUUCUACAGUGGCGCAUAUUUGUCAUGCUCAAAUGAUCACCAUUUAUGGACCCGAAAUUUUUGGACCUUAUGUAGGCGAAAGCGAAGAAAAGUUGCGCCAAAAAUUUGAUCAAGCGAGCCGGAUCGCCAUGGAGGAUCUCAAGAGGCCUGUCAUGAUCUUCAUUGAUGAACUAGAUGCAUUAACACCGCACCGAACGGAUGCACAGGCCCACGAAUCUAGAGUAGUUGCACAACUGUUAACGCUGAUGGAUGGUGUGACUUCUAGGGGAAGGGUAGUGGUUAUAGCAGCGACGAAUCGACCUAAUUCAAUCGAUCCGGCGCUCAGGAGGCCUGGGCGCUUCGAUCGUGAAAUUAAGAUCGAUGUACCCGGCGAAAUGGAUCGAAGAAGGAUUAUUGAGAGCUUAAUCAAGGAUAUGCCCCACUUGUUGAAAGAAGAUGAACUGACGACUCUGGCUCGGAUGACUAAUGGAUUUGUGGGCGCAGACCUAGAGGCACUUUGUCGGGAAAGUGCUCUGGCAGCGAUUCAUCGGGAGACUAUUGCUGCAGCUACUGGAGAGGCCAUAGAUGUUAGCGUGACCAUGGGUGAUUUUAAGCGAGCUUUCAGGAUGAAUGCGCCUUCAUUGCAGCGCGGGUAUGCUGUUGUCGUAGAGCCAGUACAAUGGUCAGAUAUUGGUGGUUUAGAGUCUGUUAAGACUCAGCUCCGCCAAGCAGUCGAAUGGCCCGUGCUUUACAAGGACACAUUCUCACGACUAGGCUUAAAAGCGCCACGAGGUAUUCUGUUGUAUGGACCGCCAGGAUGUAGUAAAACGACACUUGUCAAGGCUAUUGCUACCAACUCGGGAGCGUCGUUUUUAUCUGUGAAUGGUGCAGCCCUUUACUCAUCCUAUGUAGGUGACUCUGAAAAGACUAUUCGAGAGACAUUUCAUCAAGCGAGACUAUCGGCUCCGUCCAUUGUCUUUUUUGAUGAGAUUGAUACAAUUGUAGGGAAGAGAAAUUUUUCUGCAGAUAGUGGUGGUGCCGGUAGGGACAGCGUCCAAGAAAGAGUACUAUCAACUAUGCUGAAUGAAAUGGACGGCGUGGAAAAUGCGACAGGGGUUCUGAUAGUCGCUGCUACCAACCGUGUGGAUCUAAUUGACAAGGCUUUAUUACGACCAGGACGAUUCGAUCGGGUCAUAUAUGUCCCUCCACCAGACUUGGUAGCCCGUAAACAGAUCCUCAGUAUCUACACAAAGGAUAUUCCUCUAGCUGACGACGUUGAUCUGGACUUUAUUGCACAAACGACCGAGAUGUACACAGGAGCGGAUCUACAGAAUGCCUGCAGAGAGGCAGCUUUAGUUGCUUUGAGGACACGAGCCCUAGCCAGGAGCGAUUAUACGACGGAGACAAUGCCGAAAGAUGAUUCAGUAUCAUCUCUUCAACUAGUUAAUGCGCAAGAUUUUAGACAGUCACUUGCAGGAAUGAAGCCAUCCUUAACAGCGGCCAUGCUCUCGGAGUACAGCUCCACUGGCCAGGGAGCAUUCUAAUUUGAUCCAGAGCGUAUAAUUUCAACUAUGUAACAAUAGCUUCCUGUACAAUAUAAUACAUCUCAUGUGUCAUGUUAUAUAUUAUUAUGGCGACC